AUGUCAAUUUCCAUUUAUUACAAGUAAUAAGAAAACGUAAAUGCCUUACUUACCUAUCAAGGAGGAAAUUAGGAAGUUUGGCGUCAGAUGAAAAAAAUCUUCUCCGCCUUCAAUCGUCUCCAUCUUUCAAAGGCACCCCCGAUACAAAUCCUCAUUUUGUUCCUGGCUUUGUCAUGAAUAAGUUGAGAAUCGUAACAACGCUUUUUAGAUUUACUAAGGUCUGACAUGUUUAGUAACUUUACCAGUGGCAGUAGUUAGACAAAGAGGGCGGUGCGUAUCUGGCAACCUGGAUGUGACACACUCACAGACUUUCUAAUUGGUCAAACGGUUCAGGGCGGGGUAUCGAAAUGAAAACAAUAACAAGAUUUCGGGGCUGUAAAUCUAAUUUUGAAAUGAGCAUAUCCCGGCUGAACUACCGUUAUCAGUUAUAAAGGUAUUCAAAAAGAACAUGAUUUAUUAAUGCCUUUUGACAUACCAGGGCCAUUUAAUAAUGACUUGACAUUAAAUUAUUACAUAUGGCUCCUUUAACAUCUUUUUACACUUGUAUCAGGCUUAGGAAUGUUCCAUUUUUACUACUAAAUCUUAAAUGAAGGUGACAGUUUGACCCUGGAACAGAUUGUUUUAAAGCAUGAGCGCAGUGCAGCGAGUGAAACGUGAAGCGCCACAAAUUGAGCAUGUAUUGUGGGUGUGAGUGACGAAGGAAAUGUUUAUUUCUUGCCUUGUGAGAUAAAAGCAACAGCAGUUUUUCCCAGAGGAAGAAAAGGGGCGGAGUCUUGCCCGGUUUGUCAUAAAGUCUCUGAGUCAAGCAGACUGGACUCAGUGAGACAUGAGGACACAUGAUCAUCAGCAGCAUCAAAGGUCAGUUUCCAGAUGUAAUCCUACGUCUUCGUGGGUUUAUUUUUUUUCUGUCUCUGCUUUUGAGCAGCUUCACCAUGUGACCCCCUCCUGGCGCCACCAUGGAGGACUUCCUACCUGGUCCCCACAACAUGUCCUGGUCCAACUGCACCAACGCCACCCGGGCCAACCCUUUGAAACGCAACGACGAGGUGGCCAAAGCCGAGGUGGCCGUGCUGGUUCUGGUUCUGCUGCUGGCCCUGGGCGGCAACCUGAGCGUCCUGUGGGCCGUGCACGCCGCCAAGCAGCGCCAGUCUCGGAUGCUCUACUUCAUGUGGCACCUGAGCAUCGCCGACUUGGUGGUGGCGGUCUUCCAGGUGCUCCCACAGCUCAUUUGGGACAUCACGUUCAGGUUCUACGGGCCCGACGUGCUGUGCCGGCUGAUUAAGUACUCCCAGGUGGUGGGCAUGUUUGCGUCCACCUACAUGCUGGUGCUGAUGUCCAUCGACAGGUGCUUGGCCAUUUGUCAGCCGCUCAGACCGGCGCACACCACAAGGGACCGCAUGUGCGUGGGCAUGUCCUGGUUGCUCAGUCUCAUCUUCAGCACGCCUCAGGUGUACAUCUUCUCCAUGCAGGACGUCGGGGACGGCGUGUACGACUGCUGGGGGGACUUUGUGCAGCCGUGGGGGGCCAAGGCCUACGUGACCUGGAUGAGCCUGAGCAUCUACAUCCUCCCUAUGGGCGUCCUCAGCGUCUGCUACGGUCUGAUUUGCCUGAAAAUAUGGCAGAACUUCAACCUCAAGACCAGGAAAGAACACUUCCUGGCUCAGGCCCCCAAGGGCGCGCACCACCUGUGUCGCGUGAGCAGCGUCAGGCUCAUAUCCAAGGCCAAGAUACGCACCGUCAAGAUGACUUUUGUGGUGGUGCUGGCCUACGUCUUGUGCUGGACUCCUUUUUUCUUUGUCCAGAUGUGGUCUGCCUGGGACCCUGCAGCUCCCAGAGAAGACGCAGCCUUCAUCAUCGCCAUGUUGCUAGCCAGUCUGAACAGCUGCUGCAACCCUUGGAUCUACAUGUUCUUCGCGGGUCACAUGUUCCAGGGCGUGACGCACGGCUUCGUCUUCUGCUGCUGCUCUUGCAGCCGCUUCCUGUCCGCCUCCUCCGGCAGCAGCCAUCACAACAUCAUCAACACCAGCAGCAGACAGAGGAGCUCGGCACACACGUCCAGCACACACACGGACGCAACAUAACAACAUAUUCUCCCAUCAUUUGUCGUAUGAUAUGAAAGCCAAGACAAGUUUCAUAAUUAAUAGAAAUAUGAAAUAUGAUUAUUAAUGCUGUAAAUUGAUCAUGGUUACAGUAUAACACACAUUAAAUCCUACAAGAUGCAAUGGACAGUAAACUACUGAGAGGUGUCCCUAAUAAUGUGUCCAUCUCCCUGGAACAAAGUAGAAAAAAACUCCCCAGAAGGCAAAAAUUAUGAAUCAGCACCUCCAAGUCCGAGUCCAUGGUUCUCGCCUGGAAAAGGGUGGAGUGCCAUCUCCGGGUUGGGGAGAAGAUCUUGCCCCAAGGGGAGGAGUUCAAUUACCUCGGAGUCUUGUUCGCGAGUGAAGGAAGACUGGAUCGUGAGAUCGACAGGCGGCGUCUUCAGUAAUGCGGACGCUGUAUCGAUCCGUUGUGGUGAAGAAGGAGCUGAGCCGGAAGGCAAAGCUCUCGAUUUACCGGUCGAUCUACGUUCCCAUCCUCACCUAUGGUCAUGAGCUUUGGGUUAUGACCAAAAGGACAAGAUCACGGGUACAAGCAGCCGAAAUGAGUUUCCUACGCCGGGUGACGGGGGCUCUCCCUUAGAGAUAGGGUGAGAAGCUCUGUCAUCCGGGAGGAGCUCAAAGUAAAGCCGCUGCUCCUCCACAUCGAGAGGAGCCAGAUGAGGUGGUUCGGGCAUCUGGUCAGGAUGCCACCCGAACGCCUCCCAAGGGAGGUGUUUCAGGCACGUCCGACCGGUAGGAGGCCACGGGGAAGACCCAGGACACGUUGGGAAGACUAUGUCUCCCGGCUGGCCUGGGAACGCCUCAGGAUCCCCCGGGAGGAGCUGGACCAAGUGGCUGGGGAGAGGGAAGUCUGGGCUUCUCUGCUUAGGCUGCUGCCCCCGCGACCCGACCUCGGAUAAGCGGUAGAAGAUGGAUGGAUGGAUGGAUUGAUCUAAAGUUUGCCGACUUCAUUCUCUUUCUGUAUGACGGAUAUUCCUAUUAUUUAUGCA